UUGUUGUUUAACGCCCCAAUAGCUGACGAGCACUUCCGGCCAACAAGCCACAAGGAAAGAUGAACACAUUUCUGUCCAGAUUGAACACAAUUUUCGCCUUCACACUUAGUGUGAUGGCGGGAUUGACGUUCUGUUGUUUCCUGACGACAGCAUUCAACGAACAUAAAGCACCAGUAUAUAUUGGAACAGGAAAAGCGAUCGUAAAAAAUGUUCCUGAUUACAGUGCUACAAGAGAAAAAAACGACCUAGGAUUUGUUGUGUUUGAUAUGCAAGCUGAUUUAUCUAGGAUAUUUAACUGGAAUGUGAAGCAGUUAUUCUUGUAUCUGACAGCCGAAUAUGAAACAAAAGAUCACGUUUUAAACCAGGUAGUGAUCUGGGACAAAAUCAUUAAGAGGGGAGAAAACUCUGUACUGGAUUACCGCAGCAGUAAUACCAAAUAUUAUUUCUGGGACUAUGGCAAUGGCCUCAAGGGAAACAACAAUGUGACUCUGACCUUGUCAUGGAAUGUCAUACCCAAUGCUGGGACAUUACCAAAAAUCAGAGGAGAAGGAUCUCACAAGUUCAAGUUUCCAAAUGAAUACAGCACGAACAGGCUUUAGUGCAAAGGACAAUCAUGACAGACAGUACAAAAACUGUGUAUGAUUUGGGGAUUUUUGAAACCAAAAAAAAUAAAACAUUAAAACAUCAAUUUCUUUUUACUUUGCUUGAGCCAGGGCAUAAAGAAAUUACAAUUAUCAACAUCUACAAUUUAUAAAGAAAUAAGUAAAUACACAUUCCUUGUAACUUAUCAUAUUUUUUUUCUCUUUUUGAGAUUAAUCUGUGAUUAUUUUAUAUGGAUUGCAAAGCAAAAGGCUCCAACAUAUCGGUUGAUAGUAUCCUUUAUUCCUUGAAAAUCGGCCUAAAAUGUACUUUAAUUGGAAAUUCAAUAAUUUUCCAAAUGAUGAAAUAUGAAAAUUACACAUAGUGUAAGGUAGAGAUUCCAGCAUCUCCAAUGAUUGAAGAGUUCCUAUUUAUUCCACAUAUUCAGACUUAAAGAGUUGCCUGCCCAUUUACUACAGCAAAGACUUAUAUACAAAACAAAACAUUUAGGAAUUAAAACUUUCCUUUUUUUAUAGAAGAAGCAUCUCUGCACACAGAUUUAAUCCCAUGUCCUUUUGAUUAUUAGGCAGGGAGCUUAUCCACUGAUCUAUUUGUCAUGAUAUUUGUUAUGACAAUAAGUUUUAGCAAUACUAUGGAAUAAGUUGAAAUAAUUCAGAAGUUUUCAACUCUUUAAUAAAGUCAGCAAUGUAUAAAUAUGUUUGUAUGAAAAGAGGACAUGAUAUGUUUUCUUCAGGAAAAUCUCUAUCAUUUUCAAGAUCAAUGUAUAUGAUAGAAAAGUGAUGAAGUUCCUUACCUUAUUGAAAUUGUCUCUUUUUGAUCACUGAAUUGUUUUUCAAGAAGUUUAGUAUGAGAUUUAGCUGUAUCAUACUUGACAGUUAUAUUAAAAUCUAUUCACUAAUUAAAAAAACAUGUUUCAUCAGGUGACAAAAAGACUAAGGUGACUGUUGAAUGGGAAUCACUCUUGCAGAGUUUGUAAAAUCUUAACUUGGGCAUGCUAUAACAUGCUUCAUUAACUUGUUUAGUGACAUCCAAUAGGGAAUUAUGUAUUGAAGCUGAAGUUUAUGGCUUUGAAGACCAUCAUUCUGAUAACAAAUAUACAAAUAUUCAUCUAAAUUGAGAAGAAGGUAUAAGCCUGUUGAUGCUGAUUAAUUAGUUCAUAUCUAAUAGCUGCUAAUACAAACAUCCUAAUGACCGAAGUGCUGGAUCCUGCAGCUACCGGCUAGGAAUUUGAUGAAAAGUCUUUUCUCCCUAAACAUUAAAGCCUAAAUGGUUAGAGAAAAAGAAAAAAAGAAAUUAUUGGAUUAAAAAGUCGCUAUCACAGAAUUUACUUGGUACUUUAAUAUGGUGAAUAUACAUACUUUGUGUGAAAAUGGUAUUUUGAGGAAAUACUUCAAUGCAAAUCUAUUUUUGCUCAUAAACAUUUGUUACAUUUGCACAUUAAGUUUUGUUCAGCAUAAGAAGGUAAUUUACCACCUGAACGUUUCCCACAAUAAUUUUUUGUCUAACAUAGUACAGUGCUAUAAACUAAGAUUGUGCCGGAUUAAGAAAUUUUACAGUGACACAUCAUGAUCAGUUACUUGUGUAUGCAAGAUUUUCAAAACUGACGUACAAAAGAUGGGCCUUGAAGGGCUUUAUGAGUUAAAGGAGCAGGAAAAUGUGUUGGUGGUAUUUUUGUGUGCAGUCAUCAAUGAUUGUAUAAAUAUAUCAAAAAGUUGCCAUGCAUAAACUAUUGUAAAGAAGAAAUGUUUUUUUCCAUUCUAAUGACUCGAUGUGAAUG